UAACUUGACGCAGGGGGUUGGAGAUGUCCAACGUUAGCCUGGAAAAUGAUAGCCACUAGAGUAAAAUAAUGCUGUGUCUUUUACGUUUUAUUAUAUCCAAUAUGUCGUCAGAUGCGAUGAUAUAAUGUCGUACCUUUAGUCAUUUGUCUGAUACAGAGAAGCCUAGUGACAGUACUUUAACGGGCCGGUUGGUGCUAACGUCGUUGGUCGAACAGUGGCAGCUAUGACGGUUAGAAGACACAGCCGACAUCCCCUGACUGAUCUGAUUACGCUGGCCAUCUUUCUGCUCGUUUUGGGAGGUCAGCUAGUUGAAACAACGUCUGAGUAUGAUCCCUAUAAAAUCCUGGGUGUUAGCAGGAGUGCCAGUCAAGCAGAAAUUAAAAAGGCAUACAAGAACCUGGCCAAAGAAUGGCAUCCAGAUAAGAACAAGGACCCCACAGCUGAAGACAUGUUCAUCAAGAUUUCAAAGUCCUAUGAGAUUCUGUCUAAUGAGGAGCGUAGGGCCAACUUUGACCGCUAUGGGCAGGUGGAUGAAAACCAGCCCUUUGGACAGUCACAGCAUCACGGUUUCCGCAGCUUCCACAACAGCUUUUACUUUGAUGAGGCUUUUUUCCAUUUUCCCAGGUCCCGGGACUUUGCAGACAGCAAGUACCUGCUUCACCAUGUGAGGUUUAACAGCGAGGUGUUGCCAGACAGCCAUAAGAGGCCAUAUUUAAUUAAAGUGACCUCUGACUGGUGUUUUGGAUGCAUCCACAUUGAGCCUGUGUGGAAGGAGACUGUGCAGGAACUGGAGCCACUGGGUGUGGGCAUUGGCAUUGUGGACUUGGGUAGUGAGCGUCGCCUGGCCAGCCAGCUGGGAGCUCAUCGUGCUCCCUCCAUCAUUGGGCUGGUGAACGGCAGGGUGACCUUCUUCCAUCAGGCUAUUGUACGGCAACACAUGCGACAGUUCAUUGAAGACCUGCUGCCCCACAAACUGGUGGAAAAGAUCACAGACAACAACUACCUAUCAUUUCUGGAUAGCUGGCGUGUGGAAAAUAAGCCCAGUAUUCUCUUGUUUGACCAAGUCCCUGUUGUUCCAUUUCUCUUCAAGUUAACAGCUUUUGCCUUCAGAGACUAUGUGCGUUUCGGCUACGUAGACCAGGGAGACAAACAGAUUACUCGCCUACUUCGACAGUUCAACAUAAACACAUAUGCCCCAACCAUGCUCCUGUUUAAGGAGGACACUGAAAGGCCUGUGGACAUCAUCCAGGCCAGGGGAAUGAAAAGGCAGAUCAUGGAUGAGUUUGUCUCCAACAAUAAGUUCCUGCAGGUGCCUCGACUGGUCAACCAGCAACUUUUUGAUGAGCUGUGUCCUGUCAAGCAGUUCCACAGACGCAGAAAGUUCUGUAUCCUGCUGAUCACAGGUGAGGACCAGGCUUUUGUAUCAAGCAAUAAAGCCUUCCUGGACUUUGCCACAGCCAACAAAAAAGAUGUGCUACGAUUUGCAUACGUCUACCAGCGUCAGCAGCAGCCGCUCUGUCAGGCUCUGCUUCCUAACCAGCCUGCACUUUCACCUCAGGUAGUGAUCCUCGAGAGGCGGAGCCAGGCUGGGAGGGUCCUGUACCGCUCUGUGAGCGGAGGCUGGAACGGCAGCAAUGAAGACAAGUUUCGCCUCCAUGAAGAGCUGGAGCAUCUUCAGAAGGACCCCUCCUAUCUGACCUCAGACACCACGCUGCCUGAACUCAACAACGAGAUGGCCCCGAUAUUUAUCAUCCAGUGGAUGAAUGCUGCGUAUGAUUACAUCCUUCAAAUAUAUGACGACCUUCUCUACUCAAACUGGCGAGAGAUGAUGCCCAUCCUGUCACUGAUCUUCUCCGCCCUCUUCAUUCUUUUUGGCACUGUCAUCAUCCAGGCCUUCAGUGAGCCAGGUGAGAACAAACCUCAGAAACCAAAGCCAAAGGAACAACCGCAACCUGAUGAUGAUGGGUCAAGUAGAGCAAAUACCUCAAGCCGUCCUCCUAAAAAGGACUUUUUGGAAGUGACAGAGCUCACAGACAUGACGUACAUCAGUAACCUGGUUAAGCUGAGACCUGGUCACAUCAAUGUUGUACUGGUGCUCACAGAUGCUUCUAAAAAUGCCCUGCUCAAGAAGUUUGCGAAAGAAGUCUACACGUUCUCUGGAACCCAGACACUACACUUCUCCUUCCUCAACGCUGAUAAGCACCGCCACUGGAUGCCAACGCUACUUCGUUCGGCCUCUGGUGCCACUCACAUAUCCGAUGAAGAGGAGGAGUCUUCAGACUACACUGGCCACGUCCUGGCUCUCAAUGGCCACAAGAGAUACUUUUGCAUGUUCAGGCCAGUCUUCACCGGGGACGACCCCAGCGAUUCCUCAUCAGAUACCUCAUUAUCCUUUGACAGCAGAAGAAAGUCCCGGUCUCGGUCCAGGUCCAGCUCCCAUUCUCGAUCCCGGUCCCAUUCUAGGGAGGACAGGGUGGGUGCCAAGAGGGGUUCUAGCAGGGCCACCAACAUAGACGUUCACCAUAAGCUGGACAAGCUGGGACUCUGGAUGGAGAGGCUGAUGGAGGGGACUCUGCCCAGACUGCAGGUCCCUGACUGGCCUUCCCUGAAAGAAACAGAAAGCUGAGGUCAAAGUAAGAAAUGGCAGCAGCUACACAACAUUGCAGUUUUCUAAUUAUUACUUACGUUCUCAUUCAGGUAGAUUGCCACUGAACUGUUGUGUGUGUUUACACUGUUUUGUUACAGUUACUCCCAGAAGUGAAUAUGCACUGUUAGAAUUAUGUCACUGUAACUUUCCAAGCAGCUCCACGAGAGGUACUGAGGUGAGAUUUUAUACAGUGGACAGUGUGUACUCACUUCUAUGAGCUACUGUAAUUUGUGCAUUAAAUGGUAUUCAGGAAGUGAAAACCGUUGAAAAGGUAUUCCACAAACCCCCCAUGUGUAUACCUAGAAGGAUGCUGAGAUGAAGAUGUGUCUGGUAUUUUCCUAUCUUUAUGAACACUGUUUUAUGAAUGAAUCAGUUUUGAAGAGUGUCUUCUGACAUGUUCUUAAAACAUCAUAUAAAUGUAGCUCAUACCACAGACACUAGAUAUGACGGUACAAAUGUUAGCUUUGACCUCUGUACGUGAUCAGAUCUCCAUAUGAAUAAAGGCAUGAAUAUCGAGCCUUUUGCACUCAGUCUAUAGAUAAAUUAUUUUUAACUGUUAGGUUAAAGUAGAUUAUUGCUCUUGCAUAUAUUACACAGCUUCUAUGUGAAUCCAGGAAUAAGGGCAUGCAGAGUCUCACAGCAUGGUAAGCAGCAAUAAUACACUUUUUUAUAUAAUAUCACCUAGACUUCAGUAUGUUUUUAAGACAUAGCUGUUACAUAAGAGGUUUUCCAAAUCAUGCUGUCGUGCUGCACAGACUAUAUCAUCAUUUCUUUUGCUGCUGUUUUAUUUGGGAUUUAAAUAAGAUUAUGCUGCUUGCCAAGUUUAAACUAAUAAUAUUGAAUAUUGUUUGUUGGGUAAGUGGUACCCAUAUUGAUGCUGAUCUGCCUUUUUGUCUUUACAUUUGCUUUUUAUGUUGUCAUUAAUGUUUGACUCAUUCUAUCAUUUACUGUUAUCCCAUCACACUUCCUUUUUAUGAAGUUUGUGCCCGUAAAUGUUAAUGCAUGGAAUAGGUCAACCUAAAAUCACUAAAUAUGUAUAGAGUUAGCACUGACAACCUAACUGUUUAAAUCCUUCUGUCUUUUCCCUUUUCUCUUUAACUGAAUAAUUUGCUGCUCAACAAACACUAGUUGCAGUCCUAAACUUGUUUUUCUUGAAUGUCAGUCAAUACUUCAUCUAUAUUGAUAUCCAACUCUAUGAGAUGAGGUGCAAUUUAUGAAAAUAAACUUUUUAUUUGUUUUAUUUAUGACUGUGUGGACGCAUUUGAACUGAGGUAAUUUUUUGUCUUCCAUAAUGCUUUAAUAAAUAUUUUCUUUACAACAA